AUGCGGUCCGCCCCCCAAAGCCAAGGACCCCUCACACUCAUCCAACCUCAUCCAUCAUGGCCGCACUGCGGGGUUCGCCGUCCCGGUCUAUAA